UUUCUCUCUCUCUCUCAGUCUCUCACGGAGAGCUCGUAAACGCGUGGGUCUCGACAAAACCCUAGCUCCUUUCUCUCUCCGAGGUCGCUAGGGUUUCUCCUCGGCGAAAGCCCCCCGACCUCUCCCGCGCACUCGUCCACGACGCCCUAACCAUGGCUGCAAAAAUUCUUGCUAACUUGAUUAUCAUGGGCUCUGGAAUAUUGGGGAGGGCUGUCUUUCAAGCUUAUAGGAAAGCAAUUGAAAAUGCGAACAAAACUGGCGUCGCUCACGAAGCUAUCAAUAAUAUUCGGAGAGGUAGUAAAGCUCUGACCGAGCAAGAAGCUAGGUUAAUAUUGGGCAUUAGUGAGCAAUCCACCUGGGAGGAAAUUUUGCAGAAGUAUGAUGUGUUGUUCGAGAAAAACGCAAAGAACGGAAGCUUCUACCUUCAGUCGAAGGUUCACCGCGCCAAAGAAUGCUUAGAAGCUGUUUACAAAGAGAAGAGUGGGGUAACAAACUAAGCCCUCGACACAAAUCUAUGUGCCCUUUUUGUUUUUUCUCUUUUUCUCCUUUAAACACUGGAAAUGUUCUUUUUGGAAUUAGAAUAAUUACACCCCAGGGUUGCAAUUAUCGCCAUUUUAUGGUGCAUUUUUCUGAAAUCUUCGAUCUUCUGGUAUUAGUCAAUUGUUUUCUUCAACUUUGGAAUAUAGAAGAAGAGUUUUAAUCAUACUAUUUAACAAAAAUUAGGGCAUUGUUGUUAAUCGAAACAAAUUAAAAACUCGAGAUUCGUGCUUGGGUAGUGCAGUGUAAUCGGUCUAAAGAUCGGGGUGUUUGUCAUAGUUUUCCCAUGCAGAAGUCUCGGUCUCUCCUCGAACAUGUUUGAGUGGACAAAAUUUUUUUCGGAUUCUGAAAGUUCUGAUGCUGUUACCUGUUGAACUCUGUUCUGAAUCUAGUUCUUAUCCCCAGUUUUGUUGAA